CCACGUCUUGGUGGGGGUGGCAGCAGUGACCGGCCACUGUGGCGGGAGGUGCCGGAGGUGGGGCUGGCGCCGAAGCAGGAUCCGGAUGGGUGAGAGCCCGUCGGUGCCGGAGGGGAGCGCGGAGUACGGAGCCUCCAGGGAUCUUACUGCAAAGAUGGUACCUGAUGAAACACCUAUGUUUGACCCACGUCUACUCCAAGAAGUGGACUGGAGCCUGAAUACAGCUACAUUUUCUCCAGCCAUUUCCCCAACAAAUCCUGGAGAAGGUUUGGUUUUGAGGCCUCUUUGUACUGCUGAUUUAAAUAGAGGUUUUAUUAAGGUACUAGGUCAGCUGACAGAGACUGGAGUUGUCAAUCCUGAACAAUUUAUGAAAUCUUUUGAGCACAUGAAGAAAUCUGGGGAUUAUUAUGUUACAGUGGUGGAAGAUGUGACUUUAGGACAGAUUGUUGCUACAGCAACUCUGAUAAUAGAACAUAAAUUCACCCAUUCCUGUGCUAAGAGAGGAAGAGUAGAAGAUGUUGUCGUUAGUGAUGAAUGCAGAGGAAAGCAGCUUGGCAAAUUGUUAUUAUCAACCCUUACUUUGCUAAGCAAGAAACUGAACUGUUAUAAGAUUACCCUUGAAUGUCUACCACAAAAUUCUGGUUUCUAUAAAAAGUUUGGAUAUACAGUAUCUGAAGAAAACUACAUGUGUCAAAGGUUUCUAAAGUAAAAAUCUUUUAAGAAAGACAUUUGUCAGGGGAGCUAAUGCAACAAGGUUGUAUAUCCUUCCUAAAGUUAAAAUAGUUUGCUACAACCCAGUGACCUCCACAAAUAGUGGGUUGAAAAAAUAUUGUAGUACAACAAAUAUGACAUUUAGAAGAUUACUUUGGGCUGGUGGGACAUGCUGUGAGUUUAGAUUACAAAUGAAUAUUAUAGAGGAUGAUUUUUAUUCAAAGGAAUAUAUUUUUAACUUGAAUCUUUUCUUGCAUUGUAUUUUUCUAAAAUUUGGCUUUAUUUCUUGGUAGACUAUAGGAGUUAUGUAUUUGCUAUCUGUGUACUGCUCAUUUUAAGAAAUGCAUACAAUGAAUAAGGCUGUUUAUCACAUUCUUAAAAUUAAUAUUUUUGGUUCAAAGAAACAUUUAAAUAUGAAUUAAUGUAUGCCAUUUUCCAUGUAUUACUUGAAAUUGGAUUCAUUAGACAUAACUAAAUGUGAUACUGUACAACAUGUGUUGAUCCUAAUGCUGUAUUGACAAAUAACCUGGCCAGUCUUUUAAAAUAGAAAUGAAAAUUAACUUAUGUGAUAAGAUUCAAAAUAAAACAAUGUAAAUGUACAUCUAAAUGUUUAUAUAAUUCUAAUGUAGGCAAAGUGCCACCUGUGUUAUGUGUAAAAUAUAAUUUUUAUUUAAAGUACCUAAAAGCAAAUAUAAGGUACUUUAAAACAAAUUCUGGCAUAUAAUAGAACUAUUAUUCUGGUCACUAUCCUGUUUUGAUUUUUUUUUUAAGUUGAAGUAGACAUAUUAGAUAUGUCAUUAAUGGUUCCAAUCUUUUGCAUUCCAUGUUAUAUUAAACCUGUUCAUAUGAUUAAUAGUCUUUUGUUAGAAUCCUAAUGUCUGUGCUUUUCUUGAGUCUUCUUUUGAACUAUUAUGUCAAGUCAUGGUUCAUAACAUUAGUUUUGUGUACUCUUUAUAAAAUGAAUUUGGAAAGCAAAGAUCACCUGUUUCUCAUCCCUUUGACUCAGACCUACCUCAACUGGAUUUUGGCUUUCUCUCCAGGCAGUAAGUUAAAGUUGGUUUCUAAAAAACCAUAGAAAUCCAGCCCUAGCUAGAGUGGCUCAAUUGGUCGAGUGUCAUCCUAUGCACUGAAAGAUCACUGGUUCCUUUCCCAGUCAGGGCACAAACCCAGAUUUCGGGUUUGAUCCCUGGUUGGGAUGUGUAUGGGAGGCAACCAAUUGAUGUUUCUCUGUAACAUUGAUCUUUCUCUUUCUCACCCUCUCUAAAAUCAAUAAAAACAUAUUUAAUAAAUAAAUGAAUAAAUAAAUGAAACCAUAGAAGCCCUUCACCAAUAGAGGGUGCACUACUAACUACUGAUUACCUGUAUGGAUGAACUGAACUGUCUCUCAUGAAAGCAACAAAGCUAGUUUUGCCUUUACUGGAGUUCCCACAACCUUGCCAUGACAGUAGCUUUACCAAGUACAUCCAUGUUAGAAAAUAAGCCUAAUAAAAGGCAAAAUUAAAUUAUUACAUUUUUGAGCACUGAACAAUUUGAUGUAAAACUAUCUACAAAGUUGGCAUUUCAACAAAUUCCUUUCAGUGGUUCUCAACCUUCCUAAUGCCGCGACCCUUUAAUACAGUUCCUCAUGUUGUGGUGACCCCCAACCAUAAAAUUAUUUUUGUUGCUACUUCAUAACUGUAAUUUUGCUACUGUUAUGAAUCGUAAUGUAAAUAUCUGAUAUGCAGGAUGUAUUUUCAUUGUUCACGACCCACAGGUUGAGAACUGCUGCUUAAAAUGGUGUUCUUAAGGUCUUACUUUA